AUGAAGUGGAAGUGGAGGAUAUGUACGGAGGAAGAUCCCAUUUGGAAAAAGCUUAUUAGGCAUAGAUAUGGUAAUCCGGAGGCGAAGAUGUUUGUCAAUGAUAAGAGAGUCGUUUCUAACAAUGACUCUAUUUGGUGGCGCGAUCUAAUCUUGACCAAUGACUGUGAUGCUGCAAAUGGGCUGUCUGUUUCUGAUGUUUUUCUUUGCAGGGUCCAUAAUGGUGAGGCUACUUCUUUCUGGUUCAGCAAGUGGGUGGAUCAGCAGCCUCUGUCGGAAGCCUUUCCGGAGCUGUACGCGAAGGCUAUCAGGCCGUUUAUGCUGGUGGCUGAAGCUGGGUGGUGGGACGGGCUGGUUUGGCGGUGGAAACCGGAGGAGUGGCUGUUUGACUACGACCACGACGAUGAAUAUCUUUUGACGAUGCUGCUGCAGUGCCUCCCAAGCCUAGACCGUAGCAAUUUGAGUAGGGACGAAAUAGUUUGGUUACCGGAUGAAACUAACGGGUUUUCGGUAAAAAGGUGUGCUUCUGAAAUUUACAGGAGGGAUGUGAAUCCGGGUAUUCAUCCUAAUGUGCUGAAAAAAUUAAGCUUUCUUUGGAAACUCAGUGUACCCUCUAAAGUGGGUAUUUUCGGAUGGAGGUUUGUGCUGGGGAGGUUACCUACAAGAGAUCUUUUAAAGGCGAGAGGAAUCAUUGGCAACGAUUCCGAAUGUGGCUGCGUUUUCUGUUUCUCUUUUCCAGAAAAUUCCAGUCAUUUAUUUGACUCUUGCUCGGUAACCAGAGGAAUUUGGACAAAGGUGGGUCAAUGGCUUGGUGACUCUAUGAAUCUGUCUUUGGAGGAGUUGAGGAAUUUUUUGGAUCAUGCUGAUAAGGUUAAGGCUAAAGAAGAUCGUUUAACUGUGGGAAUUAUUUGGUUAUCGACUCUGUGGAAUGUUUGGUUGAUGCGGAAUGCCAUCAUCUUUAAAGGCAAUAUUUUCAGCUUUGAUAAAUGCCUCUCGGCGAUCGUUUUGAGCUCGUGGAAGUGGUUUAGAAUAGUUAACGGAUCUUCUUUAAAUUGUAACUUUUAUGCUUGGCAUAAUUUCCCUCUAUCCUGUAUAAAGAGGUGA